GUUUUGGCAUUAGCAAGUGAAGCGAGUGGAGAAAUCCGUCAAAGAAGGGACGAUGGCGAGGGGCAGCCGGAGCCUGAGAAAAGUAGCCGAGUGCAUUAAACAGUUACCUUCAACGACCAGCCGGGAAGUACAGACUAGGAACAAUUUAAGAUACCUGUCAUCAUGUGGGAUCCUGAUGACUCGUGUACCUCCAUUGAUUGGUGCCACCAUGCCGAGCCGGAGUGUCACGUUGCCUGCCCGCACCUUCUUCAACCUCGCCGACUCCUUCUCCAAAAAGAAAGAGUAUUCGGAGAGACGCAUCAUUGGGUAUUCCAUGCAGGAGAUCUAUGAGGUAGUGGCCGGAGUGGAAAACUACCGCCACUUUGUGCCCUGGUGUAAGAAGUCAGAUAUUGUGUUCAAAAGAGCCGGAUUCUGCAAGGCCAAACUGACGGUGGGCUUCCCUCCUGUGGUGGAGAACUACACCUCACUGGUUACUACUGUGCGCCCCCACCUGGUCAAGGCGUCCUGUUCUGAGGCUAAACUCUUCAACCACCUGGAAACAGUUUGGCGUUUCAGUCCUGGCCUACCAGGUUACCCUCGAACCUGCACCGUGGAUUUUGCUAUCUCCUUUGAGUUUCGCUCUCUCUUGCACUCCCAACUCGCUCACGUCUUCUUCGAUGAGGUGGUGAAGCAGAUGGUGUCUGCGUUUGAGCGUCGCGCCUCCAAGGUAUACGGUGCUGAGACUCCCAUCCCACGCGAGCUCAUGUUCCAUGAGGUUCACCACACGUAGCGCCCCCUGCUGCACAUACAGACACACACAAAGCCUGACGCCAGAGAGAAAAAAAGAGAUAAAGAAGAGACUUUCUAACUGAUAACUGCAGUGCCUUUUCUCACACCGAUGACCGAGUUCAUUCCCAGCAGUUUCCUUUCCUAUCUCAUGUUUUUAUAAAUAAUGUGGAUUUAUCUGCUCAUGUUACCCUUGGUGCUUCAACACACUGACCGCUGUGUCAUAACUGUCUGUUGCAUCCAUCUGUUACCUGGUGAUAGAAUUACUCUGCAAGUUUUAAGCAAUGCUGUCACAUUAUCACAUCUGUAAACAUCAACUUCACUCAUUUGUUAGUUGUAUUUUUCUAACCAACAUUUCACUGAAACAUGUAGAGGGAAACUUUAAUUGUAAAGCUGCAGUUCCAGCCUGAGUAUGUUUUCUAAAAACAAAUUCCUGUCAGUGUAUGUGGAAAAUAACAGAGCCUUUAGUGGUAAAAAAAACUUUUAAACAUUAGGAAUAAGACAGACGUGGUUUUCACAACUACAGAGGAACAGAUGUGAGCUUUUCUGUGGGACUGAAACAGAUUUUAGAUGUGUGAAAGUACAGCCCAUGGAGAGGAGAUUUGAGCUGGAAUGAAAACAGGCCUCUCCUGUGUGGAUCAAACACUGAAAAUUUCACAAUUUGCUUCCCUUUAGAUAAAAUCUGUAUAGGACAUUUAAUUUUAUUGCCACUCCUUUGCAUCAAAACAAGUCAGUUGAGGUGGUUUGUGCAUCAGAUCAGGACCGGCCUCCUAGUUGCUUCCUUUUUGAGUUCUUUCAGGCACAUCCAACUGAGAGGACACCCCAGGAGACCCUCAGAGCUUCCUGGAGGGAUUAUAUAUCCUGUCUUAUCAGGGAAUGCCUCAGGAGGAGGUGGAAAACAUUGCUAGGGAGUGAGAUUUCUCACCGUGACUGGACCCAUAUGAGUAAAAAAAUCCAUCCAGUAUCUAUACCAUUUGACUCAUUUGGGGUCACAGGAAACUGGAGCCAAUCCUGGCAGUCAAUGAGUGAGAGGUGAGGUACACCCUGGACUGAUAGCCAGCCAACCACAGGACUAUCUUCAGCCAUUAAACCAAUUAUUUUCUGUUUCAUCAUGUUUUUUUCUGCACAUAUUAUGAGGAAGUGACAAGAUAAAAACAUAAAAACAUUUUUUUAAAAAAGGUGAUUUAAUUGCUGUUUUUCAAAAACAGGCCUGAAAACUUAUGUUAUUACCAGGGCUGCAUAAUUAGGGUUAAAAUAAUAUUCAUGUUUUUUAAUCAACAUUAACAUCCUAUUUAUUAAUCAUGGUUAAUGGGGAUUUUAGGGACAGUUUUUGAUAGUGAUGACUUUUGUCACCACUCAGUCAGAACACAACUGUAAUGAUGUUGUAUUCAAAUAUGUGUCCUUUAAAAAUAUCACUUACAGUUGACUGUUGAAAAUCCAGUAGGGAUGAAAUUCCACCAACUGUCUUAUUGCAAAGGUGGCAUCCAUCACAGUACCACGCUGAAAGUCACUGAGCUCUUCAGAACAACUAUUUAGGAUCACAAACGUUUGUAAAUGGAGACUGCAUGGCUAGGCGAUGAUUUUGUACACCUGUGGAAACAGGUCUGAUUGAAACACCUGAAUUCAAUGACAGGUGUGGCUAAAUACUUUAGUCCAUAGAGUGUAUCUUUUGAAUAUCUGAAAACCAUGAUGUGAUCCCAACAACCAUGGGAUUUGUGGUCUUUUGCACAAAUAGACGGGCCUGUAUAAGAAAAUAUUCAUUAACUCAGUUUUUACGCAGAUUUAUAUCCCACUUCCUCCAAUGUGACAUCCAUGUAAUACCUAAGCAACAACAGCAGAGGGGCUGGACUUCUCUUCCAUCAGAGCUCAGACAUCAGAAGGAUUUUAAGGAUGUUUUUUAUGUAUAUAUAUUGCAAAUCACCUGCAAUUUAAUACAAACAAACACAGGCAGGAAAAUGUGGCAAAUUUAAUGCUGCAGGAGUAAAGGGAGCAUUUGUAAAGAAAACUUUUAGCAGGUUUUUGCAAAGGAUAAGAUAAGCUAGAGGAUGUUGUGUAGUUGUGAUAAGAGGAAGGGCUCUGACAUUUUACAUUAACCGACUGAUAAUUGCACAAAUCAAAGCAGAGGAACUGCUAAUGUACAGAGUCUCUUCUCUAAGAUGUUAAGUUUUACCUCCACAUGCUGCAAAUUUUUAGAAUAUGUUACAAAAAUAAACAACAGAGGCUAAAUCCUGCUUAUCAGUGCAAGAAAACAUGCAAAAGUGACUGCAGAUCGCUGGACAAAAUGCACUCUCAACAGUCAUAAAACCUUUAAAAUCCUCUGGACCUUUAUUUUUACAUUGUUUCUCAGCAGGAUUACUGUUUUUCUUCUUGCUAAUGUUACAAACGCUCUCUUCUCUGCUUUAUAGAGGGAGCGAUGCUGGACAUAGAGAGUCAAAAUUAUGAAGCAUAAGUGUGCAAUACCAGCAGUGUACUGUGGGAGUUAUUUAAUAAAAUGCAGCUAUACAAACAUGAAAAAAAUCCAGUUUCAAUAAGAGGACCUAAACCAUGUCUGUGCAGACGCUGAGUCAGACAUCUCAAAUCUUUUCGACUCCUUUUAAUCCCUCAGGCCGUCACAGAGUGCCUCUUUGCCUACAGGCCGCAUAUUUAUCUUUUAUUUCAUGUUAUAGUCAUUUUAACAUAUUUAUUACUUAGUUUUAAGUGUAAAUACUGGUUUGAAUAUCCAAAAAAGAGAAAUGUGUUUGUAUUUCAUUGGAAAGGACUCUUUGUGGUGUAAGUGUUGGACUUGAGAAAGUUGCAUGAUUUAUAAAGUAUUUUUCUAAAAA